AAGGGAAGGGAAGGGAAAUGUGAAUGUCUGGGGCUAAUAUAUGAUCGAUUAGGCAGGGAGGGAGGGGGAAGUGCAAAAGCAGGAGGAGGAGCAGCAUCAUCUUGUGUGAUGGCGAAGGGGGGCAGUGAGGAGGGUGAAAGUUGGUGCUACUCCCUGGAGAAAUUCAAUCUGUACGAGACUAGGGCCCGGUACUAUCUCAUCGGCAGUGAUCGGAACAAGCGAUUCUUCCGAGUCCUCAAAAUUGAUCGAAUGGAACCCUCCGAUCUUAACAUAAGCCAAGAUCCAGUCGUCUAUCCUCCUCAAGAGGUCAAGAGCCUGCUUCACCGGAUUGCCGAGGGCAAUCGAGCCACGGGUGGCUGUAUCUUCGUCAACAAGGUUUACGGCAUCGCCGGUUGUAUUAAGUUCUUGGAGUCUUAUUAUUUGAUUUUGGUUACCAAGCGUAAGCAGAUUGGCUCUAUCUGUGGUCAUGCCAUCUACAGCAUCCAAGAGACCCAAAUUCUUACAAUUCCACAUGUCUCUGUGCAGACCGAUCUUGCUCAUUCCAAAACCGAGCUCAGGUAUAAGAAGCUGUUAUCCAGUGUGGAUUUGACAAAAGAUUUUUACUAUAGUUACACGUAUCCUAUAAUGCGAAGUUUGCAAAAAAAUGUCUUAUCCAAUGGUAAUGAAGGGAUGCCAUAUGAUGACAUAUUUGUGUGGAAUGCUUUUCUAACACAACCAAUUCGAUCAAGAUGCCAUAACACUAUCUGGACUAUUGCUCUCGUUCAUGGAAAUUUUAAGCAGGUACGACUAUCGGUUUUUGGAAGAGACUUCAGUAUUGCACUCUUGUCCAAGAGAUCUCGCCACUUUGCUGGGACACGUUACUUGAAAAGGGGAGUGAAUGAUAGAGGUAGGGUUGCAAAUGAUGUUGAGACGGAGCAAAUUGUUCUUGAUGAAGAAGCGGGAUCAUUCAAAGGGAAAAUGAGUUCUGUUGUGCAAAUGAGGGGCUCAAUUCCCCUGUUUUGGUCACAAGAAGCUUCACGGUUAAGUCCAAAACCUGAUAUCAUAUUGCAAAGAUAUGAUCCUACAUAUGAGGCAACCAAACUUCACUUUGAAGAUCUGGAAAAGAGAUAUGGCAAUCCACUUAUCGUGCUUAACCUGAUCAAGACUGUGGAGAAAAGGCCAAGAGAAAUGAUGUUACGGCGUGAAUUCGCGAAUGCAGUUGGGUAUCUAAACCAGAUACUUCCAGAAGAAAGUCAGCUUAGGUUUAUCCACUGGGAUUUUCACAAGUUUGCAAAGAGCAAAUCGGCUAACAUCUUGGGUGUUUUGGCUGGUGUUGCUGGUGAGGCUUUGGAUUUGACAGGCUUCUAUUAUAGUGGAAAGCCAGCUGUUGUUAAAAAGAAAUCAAUCCAACUCAGUAGGACAAGUACUGCCAGGGAUUCUUCUCUUAAAGAUCUGAGAAAUGGUUCAGGGGAUCUGAGUAAUAGUGAUACGAUGAUGAAACAAGAGAAGAAGACUAUUAAGAAAUACAAUAACAGCAACAAUGGUCCACAGUUCCAAAGUGGAGUAUUAAGAACAAAUUGCAUUGAUUGUUUAGACCGUACAAAUGUCGCACAAUAUGCAUAUGGUUUAGCCGCCUUAGGGCGCCAACUCCAUGCCAUGGGAUUAACAGAUGAUCCAAAACUGGAUCAGGAUAGCAGUAUUGCUGCUGCUCUUAUGGAUAUGUACCUAAGCAUGGGUGAUGCUCUUGCACACCAGUAUGGUGGUUCUGCUGCUCACAACACUGUAUUCACGGAGAGGCAAGGAAAGUGGAAAGCUACAACACAAUCUAGAGAAUUUUUGAAAUCUAUCAAACGUUACUACAGCAAUGCUUAUACAGAUGGUGAAAAACAAGAUGCUAUUAAUUUAUUUUUGGGCUACUUUCAGCCACAGGAUGGAAAGCCAGCACUUUGGGAACUUGAUUCUGAUUAUUAUCUUCAUGUAUCUGGGAUAGGGGAUGACCUAGUCCCAGAAGGCUAUUCACCUAGUGAUGCUGAACCCGUAGGCAUGGGGCGUUCUCUGACACCUAUUGCAGCAUGCAAAGAGGACUUUUCAAAGAUGAAACUGACAUCAUUUUCGAAAUUGAUAGAAAAAACUUGUGGUUCAAUAAAGAAUGUUAGGCUUUGUAGUGAACUAGGUCACAAACCUGGAAAUUCUGGGAUGGCACCUGAUGCAGUUGAAAUACAACUGAGAAGUCCAAACUGGCUUUUUGGGCAGAAGAAGUUUGAAGAAAGUAGUUCUACAGUGAAAGUGGCGCCAGAUGAACUAGGGCGUGAAGAAGAUGAGAAGAAAUUUGAUGAAUUAUGUGACCCCAAUUGGAUUUCUUCCGCUAAUGACACUAAUCAGGAGGAUGUAUUUCAAAGUUAUCUUGCAAUGACUUCAAUAGACGAAGCCAAUGGUUGGUACGGUGGUACCUUGCUUACUGAGCAAGAUGAAAACAGCGAGGUUUAUAGUCACUAUGCUCACUUUUGUCAGAACCCAGCGAUGGAACCUUUCCAAAAUGACAGUGAGAAAGAGAAGCAUUAUGAGGAGGUUCUUCAUUCAGUGACAGUUAUAGAUGAUGUGGAAGGUGAGAUGGAAGCAGCAGUGACGGAAUACGAGGUAAUCGGGUUGGAUCUUGGGAUCUGCCCCAAGGCAUUCAAUGCUCUUGCCGUUGACCCGACUCACUUGACCAGGUGGAUGAUUGGAGAACACAGGCUCAACAAGGUCUAAGCCUUGAAAUCAUCAUCUUCUUUCUGUCUUGUACAGUGUUGAAUGGAAUUUGUGUUGACUUAUCAUUUUGUAUGUAUUUUUUUUUUUCAAAGAAGUGAAAUAAAAAUAGUAUUGGAUAACUGAUUAGUUUAGUGGUGGUGAAAGGUGUCCUACUUUGAACCAUGUUUUCUUUAUCCACAUUACCUACCUUUAAAAGCAGCAGCAGCAGCGAGUAAUUGGACAUCACAUCAUGGCUUCUCACAUCCCUUCUCUCUCUUCCAAUCCCAUUAUUAUUAUUCUGAAUCGAAGAGGAAAUAUCACAACUCAGGCUUCAAAAACCACUGGUUUUUCACUUAACUCGAUUUUCAAGAAAUGUGAAACCUGUGGAGGCCAAGGUGCCAUCGACUGUGCUGGAUGCAAGGGAACGGGAAAAAACAAGAAGAAUGGGAAUAUAUUCGAGCGUUGGAAAUGUUACGAUUGCCAAGGAUUUGGGUUAAAGAGCUGCCCAAGCUGCGGGAAGGGAGGCUUGACACCCGAACAAAGAGGCGAACGUUGAUCGCUCAUACAUAAAACUUUCUUGUUUAUAUAAUAUGUCGCACCUGAUAUGAAUAAAAUUUACGUCUUUGUUUUAGAAACAUCAAUUCAGUGAUGCAAUUUACCUAACAUCCUGACACAUUU